UUACCACGCUUAAAUAGUAGUAGAAGAAAAGUGUCGCUAAUUAGUUUUGAUGCGAGCACCUUCAACAUUAGACUUUAAAACCUUGCACUUAUUCGAAAUAUCAUUUAAUUUAUCGUGUUUUAACACCGUUUUAUUGCGGUAACAUUGAUUAAAAACGCUUAUUUACACGCCGUCCGUAACAAUACGUGUACACGGAUUGAACUUUGACACAGUGGGCAGGUUUGGUCACCAAGUUUGAUUUGUUUGAAGUGAAAAGAUGUCGUCCAAAAGGGUGGUGGAGUUGUUCUACGACGUGGUGUCUCCUUACUCCUGGCUCGCCUUUGAGGUCAUGUGUCGCUACAGAACAGUGUGGAAUAUUGACCUCAAACUGCGACCUGCGUUCCUGGGCGGAGUCAUGCAAGCUUCUGGUAACAAACCGCCUGGUCUGGUCCCAAACAAGUUCGCUUUCAUGAACAACGACCUGAGGCGAUUGGCGAAGUAUUUUAAUGUCCCCUUGCAAAGUCCUGCAGACCCCUUCGAAGCCAUGUUUGAUAAAGGUUCUUUGACUGCGAUGCGCUUUGUGCAAGCAGUGCAGGCAAAAGAAACCGGUGGAGACCAACAGGUGGAGAAGGUGUCAAGAGAGCUCUGGAAAAGAAUCUGGAGUGAAGAUAAAGACAUCACCGAGCCCGCAUCACUGGCUGAGGCGGCACAGAGAGCCGGCUUAAGCAGCAGCCAAAUUGAGGAGGUGCAAAAGCUGUACACCACCCAGGACAUCAAAGACAAGCUGAAGAGCACCACGCAGGCCGCAAUGGAUUAUGGGGCGUUUGGCUUCCCCAUGCUGGUGUGUCACAUCGACGGGAAAACUGAAAUGUUUUUUGGAUCUGACAGAUUUGAGCUGAUGGCCCACUGCCUUGGUGAGAAAUGGCUCGGACCUCAGCCUCAAACGUCAUCUGCCAAACUGUGAGACGAAUGAACAAUAAUGUAGUUAUGACACACUUUACUACGCACUUUCAAUCACAAUAGCCAUGAUUGUAAUAACUGCUUUUAAUCCACUGUAUGAAAAAGUACGCAUAUUGCUGUUGAAUAAAUGGCUUAUGACAAGGCAAA